UCUGCUUUCCUACUAGAUAUAAGUUGAGGGCCAUGCCCAGCUUUUAGAAGCUGCUGCACUCCUUGGCUUACGGUUCCCUUCCUCCAUCUUCAAUGCCAGAAAAAGGAUGUUUGGACAGACACAAAACACAGAGGGACUGAUGAUGCAGAAGCCAAGGAAACCUCCUUAUCAUUGCCAACGCAAGUGGACAUGCAAAGUUACCUAAGCAUACAUUCCUUCAGUGACAACCACAGUGAGAUGUUUGGUAGUGAGAAUGGAACCAAAGAUUGCAAUUGUAUGAAUAUUCUUCCCAGGAAACAGCAGGACAAUACAAAAUCCACAACAAACUCUAGGCUAAAUUUAUGCCCCAAUGACUGGGUACAGAAGAAAGGGAAAUGCUAUAACUUUUUCAAAACCUUUAAUUCAUGGAUAGAUAGCCAAAAAUCCUGUUCAAUAAUGAAAUCACAUCUUUUGAUGAUCCAAGACAAGGCUGAACUGGAUUUCAUACAGAGUAAUAUACAAGAUGGAAUUUACUUUUGGAUUGGAUUGAACAUUACACAUCCACAAAAGACAUGGACCUGGCUGGAUGGCACCCCAUUAAAUCGACAGUUAUUUCAAGUCAUGGGCCAGGUUGAAGAUAACUCCUGUGCUGUGAUAACAAAGAAGGGUGUUUUUUCUGAAAAAUGUCUCAUUCAGAGUUACUGGAUUUGUCAAGAUGUGAUUUCUUCGGACAAUGACCUCUGAAUUCAACACAGGUCCCAAGUGAAAUACCAUUUGGAGGAAAAUGUUUCCUUGACCAUUCUCCACGCCAGACUGAGUUAUAAAGAUUUAAUAUAUAUUUUCAUAGCUCCCUGUACUUAUCUAAUCUUAAUAUUGAAUGCUAUUUUUGGGCCAUUGUUCGCUUAAUUAUUUGUAUUUAUUAAUGCACUGUAAGCUCUGUAAGGUCAAUAGUCUUCAUCAUUGUAUGGAACAAGGCGCCUGAUGGAUAAUGAAUGAUAAAUAAGUACUUGUUAUAUUGUUGAGUAUUGUUUGUAACACGUUCAAUUGUUUCCCCAGCACAACUUCCCCAAUGUUAGGUUUA